GUUCCGGCAGAGGAGCUCUGCGUACCGGUCUUUCUGGCCCGGGUGGAAUUCUUACCCCACUUUCCUGGGCCUUGCGUCUUCCGUGAGUAAUGGCUCCGGACUCAGGUCCCUUUCCAGAAGGGCCGCUCUUAAAGCUGCUACCCGUAGACGCUAGGGACCGGGGCACCCAGCGCUGUCGCCUGGGCCCGGCGGCCCUCCGCGCCUUAGGCGCACACCUGGGCUCGGCGGUGGAGAUCUCGCUGCCUGACGGCGGCUCCUGCCUCUGCACCGCCUGGCCGCGGCGGGAUGGAGCGGACGGCUUUGUGCAACUGGAUCCGCAGUGCGCGAGCCCGGGGGCGGCAGUGGGGGCGCCGGGGUCCCGGGGAAGUCUGAACCUGAGCCGACUCCGGUUAGUGCCCUGCCCGCCCCUUCGGCUCCUCGCCGUGUGGCCGGUGUUGCGGGAGCUGGCGGGCGUGUCUGGUGCCCCAAAUCCAGCCGCGGUGCUGGAGGCGGCGCAGGAGCUGCUGAGGAACCGUCCGGUCUCUCUGGGCCACGUGGUGGCCGCUCCUCCGGGCGCUCCCGGCCCGGUGGCCGCCCUGCACAUCGUCAGCGGGGCACCCAACCCGAAUCCGGCCGGGCUGGUCACCCCUCACACCCACAUCAGUCUGAGCGGGCUACCUCCGUCGGAAGAGGAGCCGCAGCCCGAGGUGCCCCUGGGGGGCCUUUCCGAGGCGGCCGACUCGCUGCGGGAGCUCCUCGACUUGCCGCUCAGCUACCCCCGCGCCUUGGCCUCGCUGGGGCUAGAAGUGCCACGCGGGGUGCUCCUGGCUGGCCCCCCCGGAGUGGGCAAAACCCAGCUAGUGCGGGCCGUGGCCCGAAAGGCGGGCGCGGAGCUGCUGGCCGUGAGUGCGCCCUCGCUGCAGGGCUCCCGGCCCGGGGAGACCGAGGAGAAUGUGCGGCGGGUCUUCCAGCGCGCGCAGGAGCUGGCCAGCCGCAGGCCCACCCUUCUCUUCCUGGACGAGGUGGACGCCCUGUGUCCCCGGCGGGGCGGCCCACACCAAGCCCCCGAGAGCCGCGUGGUGGCCCAGGUGUUGACGCUGCUAGACGGCAUCAGUGGGGGCCGGGAGGUGGUGGUUGUGGGAGCCACCAACCGGCCGGACGCACUAGACCCAGCGCUGCGUAGACCUGGGAGAUUCGACCGAGAGAUUGUCAUUGGAACUCCCACACUUAGACAAAGAAAGGCGAUUCUACAAGUGAUUACCUCAAAGAUGCCCAUCUCCAGUCAAGUCGAUUUGAGCCUCCUUGCAGAAAUGACUGUUGGCUAUGUUGGUGCAGACCUGACCGCACUCUGUAGGGAGGCUGCCAUGCACGCUCUGCUUCAUAGUGAGAAGAACCAGGACAAUCCAAUGAUUGAUGAAACAGACUUCCUUGAAGCUUUUAAAAAGAUCCAGCCCUCAUCAUUUCGAAGUGUCAUUGGACUGAUGGACAUCAAGCCUGUUGGCUGGGAGCAGAUUGGUGGCCUUGAAGAUGUAAAACUGAAGUUAAAACAGAGCAUUGAAUGGCCUCUGAAAUUCCCUCGGGAAUUUGUUAGGAUGGGCCUGACAGAGCCAAAGGGAGUUCUCCUGUAUGGUCCCCCUGGGUGCGCUAAAACCACCCUGGUGAGGGCCCUGGCCACGAGCUGUCAUUGCUCUUUUGUUUCAGUGAGCGGAGCUGAUCUCUUUUCACCUUUUGUUGGCGAUUCAGAAAAAAUCUUGUCUCAGGUAUUUCGACAAGCAAGAGCAAAUACUCCAGCAAUUGUGUUUUUGGAUGAAAUUGAUUCAAUCUUGGGCUCUCGAUCAAUCAGCAGAACAGGAUGUAAUGUUCAAGAACGUGUUCUUUCUGUUCUCCUAAAUGAAUUAGAUGGUAUUGGAUUGAAGACUAUAGAGAGAAGAGGAAGUAAAUCAGAUCAACAUGGUAAAUACAAGGAGCUGGAAAAAAACGAAGAGCUAGAGUUUCAGGAAGUUUUUAAUAGCAAUGUCAUGAUUGUUGCAGCAACAAAUAGACCUGAUGUGUUAGAUGAUGCCUUGUUACGGCCUGGAAGAUUAGACAAGAUUAUUUAUAUUCCACCUCCAGAUGAAAAGGGCAGGCUUUCUAUUCUGAAAGUCUGUACAAAAAACAUGCCAAUGGGGCCUGAUAUUUCCUUGGAAAAUGUAGCAGCAGAUACCUGUUUUUUCUCUGGAGCUGAUCUUGGAAACCUCUGCAAAGAAGCCGCCUUGCUGGCUCUGCAAGAAAAUGGACUGGAAGCGACCACAGUGAAACAAGAGCACUUUCUAGAAUCACUUAAGACUGUAAAACCAUCCUUAAGUCACAAGGAUUUGACUUUAUAUAAAAACUUAUUUCAGAAACAAGGAUUUUCUAACUUAGAAGAUAUUUAAAAAUUAUUUUACAUACCUGCUUAAGGAUUAACUUAAAUGUGAACGUGCAUUAUAAUUUGCAACUUCACACUCUGUGUGUGUUAUUUCCUAUAAAUAAAAAAACUUGUGCCUAAUAAGCUAAGAUUUCAUACUUACAGAAAAGUUAAAAGAAUAAUACAAAGAACUCUUAUACACUCUUAACCCAGAUUCUCCAAUUUUUCACAUUUUCCUACAUUUGUCUCCUUUCUCUCUCUCCCUCCUCCCUCCUCCCCACCACAGUAUUUUUCUGAACUAUUUAAUAAAAGUAGAUUUUACACAUCAUGCCCCUUUAUCCCUUUAAUACUUUAGUGUACAUUUUCUUAUAAAUGAGGUUAUUUUCUUAUAUGACCACAGUGCAGUUAUGAAAUUCAAGAAAUUUAACAUUGAUACAACAUUUUAAUCUAUUGACGAUGAAUUUCAUCCAUUGUUCCAAUAGUAAUUGUUUUCCCAUUACAAGAUCCAGUUUAGGAUCAUACACUGCACUUAGUUGUCAUGUCUCUUUAGCCUCUUUGCCUUUUUUAAUCUGAAACAGUUCCUCAGUCUUUCUUGACCCUGACACUUUUGAAGCGUACAGACUAAGUAUUUUAUAGAACAGUUGGUUCCUAAUUUGUGUUUGUGUGAUGUGCAUCCUGAUAGGUUCAGGUUAUGCAUCACCAGUGGAGCAUAUGUAUGUGCUGUCAUGUCCUCAGAUCACAGCUGGAGGCACGUGACAUCUGCACAUUAUUGGUGAUGUUAAUUUUGAUCACUUGUUUAUGAUCUUGUCCAUCUUCUCCACUGUAUAGCUACUAGUUUUCCUUUUGUAAUUGUGAGUAUUUUUUAAGGAGAUAGGUUAUAUAUAAGUUUUUAUUUUCCUUUAUGAAAAGAGUAAUAAUGCUAGAAAAUGUAGAUAAACAUGAAGAAAACAUGUGGGUAUUUAACUUUCCAGUCCCUUACACAUGUAUAGAUAACUUUUUAAAACCAAAAGCAUGGUACUGUGUAGCUCUUGUUUUUCUCACCUAACAGUAUCUGGUAAGCAUCUUACUGAGACUUUCUUCACUCUCAACGUGCCAUACAGGGUGCAGGAGCGUUCGUGAAGGAGACAGACAUGGCACUGAUAGGGCAGCUGGGAGCGGAGACCUCCAACAAAUCAUGCAGUGUGAGUUAAACACAGGAGACGAGCUUCAAAGGAAGUAUAGGUACAGUCAGGACAUGGUGCGUGAACUAUAUGAAGUCAUAAAUGUCAAGCAGUUGGAAAGUUUUCUAUUUCUGACGGGAGCCAGUACUGUUAUUAAGCAAAACCUCACUAUUGGGGAACAGUUAAGGAAAAGGCCUGUCUUAUUUAUAGGUAUAAAAUAUAAUUCAGUUAAAAUUAUUCUAACAACCUGACUCUUGCUUUUGAGUAGUAGGGAAAAUACCUAGAAACUUUAUUAGAAUUCUGAAUAUUUUCAUUCAUGUUCUGUCCAUUAUUGAUUUUACAGGAAAAGGCAGCCAUUAGGCCUUUGCCAUCCCUAGGCCUGAACCCCUAAACUCAGAUUCUAGCUGUAUGCUCCUUGUUUUUUCCUAGAGAAAGUUUCUAGUGGUCAGCCAAGAAAUUUAGUACCCACACUUUGGUUAGAGGCUGAGUUUUUAUUUGAAAAUGUCUUUUUAAACUGUAACUUUGCAACAGAACUUUGGAAGCCUCCUGAGGACAAAAAUCAUGUUUCUUCUCUCAUUGAAAUAAAUCAA